UAUUACUUUACUGCCGCCCUCUUCCUACCCUCUCACCACCAGUCUCCAACUACUCUACGAUUGCGCGUGCUGCAGCUUCGGAACCACUUCUACCCCGGAUUCGCUAGGGAUAGCUUCCCCAACGCCGCACUCCUCCCGGCCGGUCAACAAUGGCCUCCCUCGUACGCACGGCAAGCCGCGCGCGGCCUGCACUCGCCCGCUCGAUCGCUCGACCGACUUCUCAAAGCGCGCCAACUGCUCUCCAGCGACACUAUGCCUCUGCUUCUGCCAGCGCUGUCGCCCCCGAUCACAGCGCCCCUGCUCUGUUCCCAGAUGAGCCGUCAGGCCCAAUCAUCCGGACUGAGAUCCCUGGGCCAAAGAGCAAGGCUGCCGUGGAGAGGCUCGGCAAGGUGUUCGACACCAGGAGUUUGAACAUGAUGGCCAACUACAACCAGAGCUACGGCAACUACAUUGCCGAUCUCGACGGCAACGUCCUCCUCGACGUGUAUGCGCAGAUUGCUUCUAUUCCCGUUGGCUACAACAACCCCACCCUCCAGCUCGCAGCGAGCUCGCCUGAGAUGGUCUCUGCCAUCAUCAAUCGCCCUGCAUUGGGCAACUUUCCCCAGCACGAUUGGGCCGAUAUCCUCGAGUCCGGCAUUCUUGCUGUAGCUCCCAAAGGCUUGAACCAAGUCUUCACAGCACAGGCUGGUUCCGACGCCAACGAACUUGCAUACAAGGCCGCUUUCAUGUACCGACGGCAGCAAGAGCGUGGCGGCGCGAACGUCGACUUCACCGAGGCUGAAAUGACUUCAUCUUUGACCAACCAGUCCCCCGGCGCACCCGAUCUCUCCAUCCUCUCAUUCAAGAAAGGCUUCCACGGUCGUCUUUUCGGCAGUCUGUCCACCACCCGCUCCAAGCCCAUUCACAAACUCGACAUCCCCGCUUUCGACUGGCCCGUGGCUCCAUUCCCCGACCUCAAAUAUCCGCUCGACCAAUACGCCGCAGAGAACCAAGCAGAAGAGCAGCGCUGCCUCGCCGAGACCGAACGCCUCAUCAAGGAGUGGCACUCGCCGCCGGCCGCGGUAGUCGUCGAGCCCAUCCAGUCCGAAGGCGGCGACAACCACGCCUCCCCCGCUUUCUUCCAAGGCCUGCGUGAGAUCACCAAGAAGCACAACGUGCUAUUCAUCGUGGACGAAGUCCAGACGGGCGUCGGCGCAACAGGAAAAUUCUGGGCGCAUCACCACUGGAAUCUCUCCACGCCGCCAGACAUGGUCACCUUCUCGAAGAAGGCGCAGACCGCGGGUUACUACUUCGUCAACGACGAUCUCAAGCCCAACAAGCCGUACCGCCAGUUCAACACGUGGAUGGGCGACCCCGCGCGCGCCAUCCUCUUCCGCGCCAUCAUCCAGGAAAUCGAGCGACUCGAUCUCGUGCAGAACACCGCCGUCACAGGUGACUACCUGUACAACGGUCUGCAGCGUCUCAGCGAGAAGUAUCCUGCCGAGAUUCAGAAUCUACGUGGACAGGGGCAGGGCACGUUCAUUGCGUGGGACAGCCCGAGGCGGGACGAGGUGCUCAAGAAGGCCAAGGGUGUCGGAAUCAACAUUGGUGGAUCGGGUGAGCGGGCGGUGAGGUUACGGCCUAUGCUCAUCUUCCAGCCGAAGCAUGCGGAUAUGCUGCUCGAGGGGCUGGAGAAGGUGUUCAAGUCUUAGGCAUGGGUAUGGACGCGGACAGUGACGAUGGGCUCGAAAUGCGUUUCAUGCGGGCGUUCACAGAUCAAAAUGGGUCUGGCAUCUGACAGCUUUUGUGCAUUUACUGGUAAUCCUGCAAUAAUUGAUUUUUGAUGGGGCGAGUUGCCCCCGGGUAUCAUCUGCUGCUAAUCCUGGCCUCCAUACGACCACUAUAUUAGUCCCUUGCUGCGCCAAGUACUUGUCUAGCUAAGAUAAUGUGUCGUUCCGUGCCAUGCCAUCGCCCUGUUCGGAUGCUGCUCUAGCCUUAGUUGGUUGUAUCCAUCCGUUCCUCCUUCUCUGCUAAGCCCAUCGCUACCAUGUGGCUGAUCAGAGCAUCUAUGCUUACGCCGACAAUCUUGCCCUCGACCAUAGAUAUGGC